GAGAGAGAGAGUAUACCUGUUAAAACACACAUGUGCCACAGUCUGUAUACAUGAAAACAGGGUUUAUAUGUAUACACACAUAAUUAAACCGACAUAAGGAAGUAAGCAGGCAAGCACUAUACUUUUCGCCUUAACAAGUCCCCGGACCAAGAUAGAUCUAAGGAACAAGAUGGCGGCCCUCAGAGCGGCACUUCGAACCUGUACAAGACUCGGAAAUAUAGGUGUAGGUGAGGUCGUGACGAGGCAAACUGCGGCAGUCCCUCUGGUAAGCCUCUGUCGGGGCCUGAGGACACCGCCGGCCAUCUCCUCGGCUCUCUCACACGCCACCCCCUGGACAUCACAGCAGGAGGUGGUGGUGGACGACACAGAGGCAGAAAGGAACUUCAGUCAUGAGGUAAUAGAGAAGGUGGACAAGCAGGUGAGGGAGGGGCUGGCCGGACGACUGUUUGCUGUGGUGUUUCUGCAGGGCAAGCAGCACCUGGUGACCCCCGGUGACUUGAUGGUGGUGCAGACGUUCUUCCCGCCCAACACUGGGGAUUCCUUACGCCUGGAAAAGGUAAUGAUGGUGGGGUCCAGGGACUUCUCAUUGUACGGCCGACCACUGCUUGGCCAAGACUUGGUGAGAGUGGAGGCAACAGUGGUGGAGAAGACUCUCUCUCACUGUCGCAUUUAUUUCUAUAACCGCCGCCGCAAAAACUCCCGCAGAACUAAAUUCAACCGAGAAACACACACCAUACUGAGGAUCAACCGCAUUGAGAUCACACACGGCAUCAAUGAGGUGCCAGAGGUGACAGGCGUGGAUGGCAGGACUUUGUAGCGUUUUAGGUGAAGAGUCUUGUACAUAUUGCUGUUACUGACUUCAUCUAUUACUUCAACUGUUGUUACUUCUACUUCUUUUACCACUUUUGUUACCUCUAAGUCAUGAGUCUUGUACAUACUAUACUUGUUUGCCAUAACCUUAGAAAAAUUUUUGUAAUAUUAAAGUAAUGAAGUAUACAGUUGUG